UGAUCUAUGUGGGUUUCUGGAGAGUCCAGACUGCAGACUGCAGACUCUGAGGUUGUGGGGCUGCAGUUUGUCAGAGAUCAGCUGUGAAGUUCUUGGCGUAGUUCUGAAGAACAACCCAUCCAGACUGACAGAAUUGAACCUGAGCAGGAACAAGAUCCAGGAUUCAGGAUUUCUUCAUCUGUGUGGUUUUCUGGAGAGUCCAGACUGCAGACUGCAGACUCUGAGGUUGAUAGACUGCAGUUUGUCAGAGAUCAGCUGUGAAGUUCUGGGCUCAGUUCUGAAGAACAACCCAUCCAGUCUGACAGAACUGGACCUGCGCUACAACAAGAUCCAGGAUUCCGGAUUUCUUCAUCUGCGUGGUUUUCUGGAGAGUCCAGACUGCAGACUGCAGACUCUGAGAGUCGAUGAUUUGAAAUCAUCUGUGGUUUCUAAGAAGGAGAACGUAACUCAAAGCAAGACUUGUUCCAGCUUCACACCUGAAGUGAACCCUGAGAGAGAUGGAAGGUCAUACAGGUACAAGUUUUCUGGACCAGGUGUGUUCCAGUGUUCUCUGACUGGCCUGAAGUUCAACAUUACCCAUGCCGGAGAGGUGAAAUACAGGACUUUGGUUUGGGACCCAACACUCCUGGAGUCAAUGAACCUGCAGGCUGGAGGGCCGCUGUUCAGCAUUGAGAGUCCUCAGAGCUCCAUCAGCCAGCUGCAGCUCCCACACUGUCAACCUGAACGCUCCUCUGACAGUCUGUCUGUCCUCCACAUCACUGACGAUGGAGCCAGCCUCAUUCAGCCUGUGGAGGUCACACAAACCCAUGUGAUCGUGGACGUCCCACACCUCUCCGCCUUUGGUAUCGUUAGCAGCAUAUUCCAAAUGUUCACAACAAAAGUCAACGGUCAAGCCCUGCUGUUCCUGGAUUCCAUGGACAACCUUCACUUCAUCCACGUGAUUCUGCUGCCAAGCAAUGUGCCUAAAGAAGAAGUGAAGGAGUUCCACAGUGACUCGAAGUUCAUCAAGGUUCCAUCUCAGUGUGUCUUCUACAAAGACCAGACCUACAGCUGUCACAGUGACCCAGAAGGAUUUGUAAUUCAACCUUCAAAAGCUGAAGUUUCAGCAAACUAUGGACCAAACUACGACACCCUGUUUAAAAUGCGUUUGCCAUCGAGUACAGAGGAAGUGACUAUUAUCAUCAAGGAUGAACAAGGUCAAGACAUAUGGAAGUACACACUCCACAAAUCAGAGAUGAAAGACCAUGAACAGCAGAACAGCUCACUCCACACAGAGAAACUUCGACGGAAGAGACUAGCGUUCAUUGAAAAAGUGUCACAUCCAACUUUGAACACGCUGCUGCUCAAAAUGUGUCAGUGUGGAGUCAUCACUUCAUCUGAGGAGGAGAACAUUAGAGCAGAAAACCACAGAUCAGAGAGAGCCAGACUACUGUGGGACACUGUGACCAACAAGGGAGCAAGUUCCAUUCUAAUAGAAAAACUCAAAGACGAGGAUGAGUUCUGCUUCGAGUACUUGAUGUUAAACAUCAAUCAAUGAAAUGUCAUUAGUUGAUAGGACUUUGAUAACUUGUAUCUGCUUUUUAUUUGUACAACUUGUUGAUGCUCUGAUUUCAAGUUGAAGGAAUAAAAUCUGUUUUAAAACAAUAAUAAGGGGGGAAAUAUUUACACAGUUGUUGGAGUCUGCUUUUGAAACAUAAUCUUGCUUAACAGAGGGGUUACAGAACUGCACCAGAAAAACUGGAUGUGACCCAGCCUUAUGGCAGAGACAGCAGAUGUAAUCUCAUUUUAGGAUUACACUCUACAAAAUUAAAACACUGAUUGAACACAAACAUGUAUGUAACAGUUUCCUCUAGAAUUAAGUUGAGACAACUGCUGGCAGAAUUAAAUUGGUUCAAAGCAAUAUUUUGAGUAUAGUGAAGUCACUUUUAUGCCACAAUAAAACACAUUUCAAAGUAGCAUGAACUCAAUAAUUGACAUCAUUUUUAGAAGUAUUUAAGUUGAAAUUUUUAGUAUGGUGAAUUAGUUUUUAUGUUCUAAGCAUGUCCAUUCAGCUCAAGGCAUAGAUUCCAGCACACCUCAAAGGUAAAUUUCAUGUGUUUAGGAUUAGAACAAAGAUUACUCUCAUC